UGGGUGGGCAGAACCGACUGGUUCUCUCUAUUUACAGCUUGUUCAGACGCAAUUACGAGUCGAGAGAGUGGGCUUUAUGUAGAGGGGAGGGUGGCUGGAGGAAAAACGAAGGCUCGCGCAGACGUUGAGCAGCGGUCUCACGCAAGAGUCGGUCGACGAUCAUGGAAGACGCACGCGAGAUUCUCUCCGUGCACCUGUCCUCGUUCCUGACGCCAGCCUCCUUGCUUCUUUUCCACCUGUUGAGCCCAGGCGGGUUCCUGGGCACUCCUCUGCUCGCUCUCUCCCUCUCUCCCUCGCGGCGUCCCUGGCCGCUCUCCUAGCACCGUUCCUCUUCCUCAGUCCGGUACCGUUGGAGCCAAGCAGCCCCGGCCCCGUCAAACCCUUCCGUCACUACGUCUACGAGCACAAGGAUACGAAACGACACGGGACCCCAGACGGAAUACUCCUUACAAAGGGGAGCUCCUUCCUGCAAGUGCUACUGGCUUCGACAACGAUAUAUGUGAUAGUAGGAACAUUACUAGGAGCCGACCCAUUCAGGCAGCUGGUAGGGACUGUGGUGUGGGCUCUGCUGAUGACCUCUCUGACCUCUGUACCAGUGGUGGCUCUACUGGACACGGAGCACCAGACGUGGAGAAGAGUCCUCCUGGACAGAAUAUUCAUCAACAGUGCAGAGAGAGGGCUGUAUGUAAUGGUGAUGUCGACUCUGCUAGGAGCAUGGAUCGGUGCGGUACCAAUCCCUCUGGACUGGAACAGACCAUGGCAGGUGUGGCCAAUACCGUGCUGCUGUGGAGCAGUGCUGGGGAGUCUACUGGGCAGCAGCUACAGUCUCCUAGCCCAGCAUUUCUCCUUCUACCCCGCCCAGCUCAACCUCCAGUCUCGCUGGCACUCGCUGCAUCACCAGUACAAGACACCACCACACCGGCUGACAAUAAACUAACAGUCCACAAGUCGAUCUCAUGCAAGAAUCAGCACGCACAUGUGCAGUUGCACUCGCACACCCAAAUCAACAACACACCAUUCCUUGGACAAUUCCGAGAGUUGCAAAAUAGUUAGAAAUUUGUGUUGGUGUGUGUAUAAAUUAUA